CUUCUUUCUUCCCCCUUGGACAGACUGGAAAUCCUGUUCAACCAUGUCUCAUUCACAUUCCCACGAUGGCGCGCAUGCACACUCCCACGACCAUGCUGGCUCCGCAGUCAACCAUGGGCAUACCCAUGAGAUUCUCGACGGGCCCGGGAGCUACAUGGGACGCGAGAUGCCCAUCAUCGAGGGGAGAAAUUGGUCUGAGAGAGCCUUCACAGUAGGGAUUGGAGGACCUGUUGGCUCCGGCAAGACUGCUCUGAUGCUGGCGCUUUGCAACGCUCUCCGAGAACGGUAUUCCAUCGCAGCAGUAACCAACGAUAUCUUCACCCGUGAAGAUGCAGAGUUCCUUACCAAGCACAAAGCACUUCCAGCGAACCGCAUCCGAGCUAUUGAAACUGGUGGUUGUCCUCAUGCCGCUGUUCGAGAAGAUAUCUCGGCCAACUUGGCAGCACUUGAGGAUCUGCACCGAGAGUUCACUUCAGAUCUUCUCCUGAUUGAAUCUGGAGGUGAUAACCUUGCGGCUAAUUAUUCGAGAGAACUAGCUGAUUAUAUCAUCUACGUGAUCGACGUGAGUGGCGGAGAUAAGAUCCCGCGAAAAGGAGGACCCGGCAUUACGCAGAGCGACUUGCUGGUCGUCAACAAGACCGACUUGGCUGAAGCGGUCGGAGCAGAUUUAGCGGUCAUGGAUAGAGAUGCCCGGAAAAUGAGGGAGGGAGGCCCAACGGUCUUUGCGCAAGUGAAGAAAGGAGUGGGUGUCGACCACAUUGUUGGCUUGAUCAUCAGCGCGUGGAAGGGAAGUGGUGCAGAAGCAGUUAGUAGGGAACGCGGCGGCCCCAAGCCCACGGAAGGCUUGGAAGGCUUGAAAUAGUCGGCUAACCCCAGAAGACUUCAUCACUGGACCCAAAGAAGAAUUUGGCACUUGGAGGUUACCGCAACGGAU